AUGGAAUGUGAAGUUCGACUUCCAUCCGGGAAGCCUUUGUCCACUCUCAAAGUGAAAGAUUUACAGAAAGAACUUAACAAGCGCCGUUUGUCUAGCCUUGGUAGGAAGGCAGAACUUGUGGCAAGGCUCACGGAGUUUUUUGCCAAAAGUGAACGUAACAAAGGUGAUAUUGGGGACAAUGUGGCAAGUGCGGAAACAACAGCACCUCCGGAACUGACUAAAGACUCUAAAUCUGCGACUGAACAGGGAACUGAAAAGGGUAAGAAGAGUAGACGUCGAAGUCAUUUAAGGCUGAAUGAAACAUUCGAUUAUAUCGAGGACGACGAAGAAACGACUCAAGCCAACAAUACAGUUACUCCACAAGGGAAUAGCGCGUCCUCGCUUGUCGACGCUUGUCAUCGCAAAAGCAGUCGGCAAUCCAAAGACCGCCAUUCAGGAGGAGAUGGCGUGGACUCUCCAUGUUCUGAAACAAUCCGUGCGCAGACUCCUCGAAGUUCCAGAAAAUCUCGUCGCUCCAGCACAAUACGACCGACAGAAUGCAUGGAAAAAGAGAAUAUUCUACUUCCUUCUCACAGCGUUGAUGCCAAGAAUUCCUACCCGGACCAAUCUGAUCCACACAGGAGUGACAAGAGUAGGAUCUUGUCAGCGAACAAGAACCAUUCUCAGGCGGCUUUGAAGCCUAACUCUGCGACGCCUAAACCGUCAAAAACUCUUGUUCCAACUCCAACUUCAACAAGCAGAAAACAUGGCGGUUUCACCGCUACAACUGUCUCCUCAACUGUGAAAAGUGUCACCCGAAAGUCUAAGAUUCCAUCUCGUACGAAAUCAACAAGGACUAUAGUUGAAGGUCUUCCAGCGUCGUCGCGUUCGAUCAAAAGGAAUAAAGGGAACGGCAAGUAUGUGUUCGACGCCUCAAAAGCAAAAGUGUCAGUUACUGAAUCUUCGUUCAAAUUUGGAAAAGUCGAAGAUUUCCCUGCGGAGCAGAAGCGGGGUACCUCUGGCACUGUGAUCAAUUCAUUCACCCUGAAAACUGCUAAAACGCAAGAUCGUAGAGAUGUGAAGUCACGGACUAAAGAUAACAGCAAACAAAGAUCUAUGAAGAGACUGAUUUCUGCGACGGUGCCAACAGACAAUGUAUCAAUAAACAUAUUAGCGACACCAAAAGGAAUGACUCCUAGUAGACUAUCAUACACGCCUCAUCGUGGAGUCGUGACAUUCAUCGACACAAGCAAGCUGUCCGAUCGUGAAUUCGAACUCGCAGUCGCUAACGGAUUGAUCAAGCCUAGAAGUGGGAGGUCGUCGAUGCGCUUGGAAGCGAGCCGAAAAGCUAGUAGGGACGACAUUCUUGAUGUUAAAAGAAAACUUAACAUUGUUCAAUGA